CUGUCAUAACCGAUCAUAAUUAUUUUGUAACCCUUUGAGGGAACUCUAUCCCUAGUUUUAGGACAGUGGAAAAGGCUCCAAAGUUAUGUUAGUGUUGCUAUUGUGUUUCACGUUUACUUCCGUUUAUUUAGCACUUGUAACUGGGUAGCCAGAGAUAGUCGGUCAGCUGGAUUGUAGUUGUGAGCUGCACCUUUCUGUGUGCGUAAAUGAGAAGAAUUUACAUCUGAAGGUGAGUCAGAACUGCACCAGCAAGUCCGAUGUGAAGUGUAUCUGUGAGGCUGGUUACAGAUGCACUGCCGCUGUGCCAUACUCAACAAACUGCAGAGACUGUGCCAAGAUCCAGGAAACAACCACAACUGGAUGGGACUUGUGCAAUGUUUUGUGAUUGUCUUGAUGUUAUCCGCACAGUGGGUGCUCUCCUCUCCAGUGACAGAUGGGAUCCGGUUAUACACUAUGGAUGGCAGAAGGUGUCAAAUGUGCCCUGCAGGUGAGUAUGAGAAGUCUUGUAACGAGUGUGAGCGAUGUCCUGCUGGAACCUACACAACUGACUGGAACCGAGAAGACAUCUGCCAUCGCUGCUACGGAGACUGCAGACCAGAUUUACAUCUGAAGGUGAGUCAGAACUGCACCAGCAAGUCCGAUGUGAAGUGUAUCUGUGAGGCUGGUUACAGAUGCACUGCCACUGUGCCAUACUCAACAAACUGCAGAGACUGUGCCAAGAUCCAGGAAACAACCACAACUGAAGUAGCAGCUGUUACCUCAGAUAAAGGUAAACACACAGCUUCCUCAACUUCCUCAGGACAGAGCAGCUCUUCCUCCAAACCCUGCACAUUUCCUGAGUGUGGCCCUCGGUCAGUCCCAAAGUCUACAACUGGCCCACAUCUUGAAACAGACAAGACGCGCAGUCAGCUGGCCGCCAUCUUGUGUCCAGUGGUUGCCAUGGGAUGCAUGGCUCUUGUAAUCCUGUUCUUUGUACGACGACCCGGAGAUGAAUCAUGUUUCAAGCAAGCUAUUGCAAAGCUACGCAACAAGGGAGGUAGAGAUGCUUCUCAUAAGCUGAAGGAGUCAACUCAUCAGUUCUCCAUAGACUCAUCCAGUGCAAAGCAGCAGUCGUCGUCAGUUUCAGCAGCCAAUCUGGGUCCAGUCCAUGUCCAUAAUCCUGGGACAGUCAUCUUCAGCUUGCUCAGUCAGUUUACAGGCCAGGUUGGUCCUACAAUUGAAGGUGGGAAGAUGGCCCAAAGAGGGAACAGCGAAGAGGAAGACGAGAGAGACUGUCCUGUGUUUCAUCCCACAUCCUCUCCCAGUAUUCAUCUCUCUGAGGAGGAGAGGAGCGGAGAGAUUGACAGCAUUUUCUUUCCCUCCCAGGAGCAGGGGAAGGACUGCCAUGUGUCCAAAGAGGAGGCACUAUGAUGCAUCGUGCAAAUAAACAAAGAUUUUUUGUUGGUGGUUACACUGCCAUCCA